GCCCACAUUUUUUCCACACUGCAUAAUGAUUUCAUCAUCGUUGCUUCUGUAAAACUUCCAGGAUUCUAGAUAUACAACUAACAUUGCAUGAUCAGAGCAUUUUCAGAACAGGGCAAAAGUACAAAGUUUAUUGCAGAAGUUAAGCUUUAAUAACUUGUAGUAGUUUAUUAAAUUUCUGGCAUUUAUCCUCCAUAAACUAAGGAACUCCUGUUCUUACAAAGUACUUAUAUAUAUUCCUGAUUCUCUUAAAAUCCCUGCUGGAGUAAAGUCUUUUACCUGCGGCUAUUCUGGUGUUAAAGGUUCUCUCACUUUGCUUUGAAAUGACUCUUGUCUGUUUGUCAGAUUUUGAAGCUUAUGCUAAAAAGCAUCUUCCCAAGCCUAUCUGGGAUUAUUUUGCAGCAGGUGCUGAUGAAUGUUAUACGCGUGAUGAUAAUCUAAUGGAAUAUAAAAGAAUCUAUUUGCGGCCACGUGUGCUGCGGGAUAUGUCGGCAAUAGAUCCAAGGACUACGAUUCUUGGCUCUGAAGUUGACUUCCCAGUGGGUAUUGCUCCCACUGGCUUCCAUGGUUUGGCCUGUCCUGAUGGAGAGCAGAGCACAGCUCAAGCUGCAGAAGCUAUGAAUACCUGCUACAUAGCCAGCACAUAUUCCACUUUCUCUGUGGAAGAAAUUGUUGCUGCUGCACCAACUGGUUUAAGAUGGUUCCAACUCUACCUCCAUCGGAACAGGACGUUCUCAGAGCAGCUGGUACGACGGGUUAAUGCAUUGGGAUUCCAUGCCCUGGUGCUCACAGUUGACGUGCCCUAUACUGGCAAGAGGCGGAAUGACAUUCGCAACAACUACGAGUUCUUGAAAUCCAUUCAAGUGAAGAACUUUAAAGGAGCUUUUGAGGACAAAGACCAGACUGAAUAUGGUCUACCCCCUGGAUCCAUAGACCCAUCUAUCAAUUGGAAUGACAUCACCUGGCUACAAAGCCUGACCCAGCUGCCAAUCAUCAUCAAAGGGAUUCUGACAAAGGAAGAUGCUGAGCUAGCUGUGAGACAUGGUGUUCAAGGGAUUAUUGUAUCCAAUCACGGAGGAAGACAGCUAGAUGGAGUCCUUCCUACUAUUGCUGCUCUGGUUGAAGUUACUACCGCAGUGCAAGGCAAAAUUGAAGUUUACUUAGAUGGUGGAAUACGAACUGGGAAUGAUGUAUUGAAAGCAUUGGCACUUGGAGCAAAAUGUGUCUUCAUCGGCAGGCCCACUGUAUGGGGUCUGGCUUAUAAGGGUAAAGAAGGGCUUCAAGAAGUUUUGAAGAUUUUAAAAGAUGAAUUUUGUCUAUCAAUGGCUCUCACAGGCUGUAAAAACGUCUCAGAAAUUGGCCAGCAUCUUGUUCAGUAUUCCAAAUUGUAAACAACUCUUCUGUGGCACUUACAGGACCAGAAGCAGUUUACUAGCUAAAGAAAAAAAACCUGGAUGAUUAAAAACAAGGGGGAAACCUCAGCCACCAACCACAUUUCAGAAAGUUUGUCUGAUGAGAUUUUUACAAUGAAUGGGACACAGAAGCUUAUACUGAACUGUGAAUAACUGGGAGCCCCAUUCUUUUGCAUGCCUGUUUUCACGAUACCCAGCUAGGUUAACAUUCCUUUAAAACUUUCAAUUUUACCACAUUCUCCUCCCUGUGUGUGAAAUGCAAUAGUAUCCAAUGACUUAUGUGUUUCAUUUUGAAUAAUAUAAUAAAAAUAAAUAAUGGCCUCA